CUGGUUUUCAGCAUUGUCCAUAUGCUGUGUGUGCGUGCAUUUGUAGAACCAGGUUUAGGUUAAGAUCAGGGUAAGAGGCUGUGUGUGUGUGCCUCUCUCUCUCUGUCUGUGUGUGUGUGUGUGUCUCUCUCUCUCUCUCUCUCUCUCUCUCUCUCUCUCUCUCUCUCUCUCUCACUCUCUCUCUCUCUCUGUGUCUCUCUCUCUCUCUUUGUGUGUCUCUCUCUGUGUCUCUCUCUCUCUCUCUCUCUCUCUGUGUCUGGGGGGGUGUUGUUGGGCAGCUGAAGGCAUCGUCAGCGACAGAAGGCUUCAACUCCUCGGCUCGACCGGCUGCUUCUCUGAGCUCAGAAAAAUGCGAAGCUUGUUCUCAGUGACGCUGCUGCUGCUUCUGGCCCUGACGCUCACCGCCGAGGCCAACAGAAGAGCCAAAGCUCACAAAGGUGGGAAACAUGAGAAGUCCAGACCUGCUUCAGAGUGCUCCGCUGCAGAGACGCAGUACGGGAAGUGUGUUCCAGAGCACGGAGACUGUGGAGACGGUCUGAGAGAGGCCACCUGCAAAGACCGCACGGACAAGAUCCACUGCAAGAUCCCCUGCAACUGGAAGAAGGACAUCAGUGACUGUAAGUAUAAGUUCGGUCCGUGGGGAUCCUGCGACGCCGCCACCAACACCAAGAGCCGAUCAGGAACGCUGAAGAGGGCGCUGUUCAAUGCUGAGUGUCAGACCACCGUCAAGGUGUCCAAACCCUGUUCCCCCAAAGUCAAGAAAACCAGAGGAGACAAGAAGUCAAACUGAAGGACGAAAAGAGACGCAGAAGACGGCAGGAUUCAUUUUCUUCCUCCAGCCGAACAAUCGUCUUCCUCCUCCAUCAAACACAAACAACCGAGAGACUCCUCCAGAACACAACAACCACCUUUGACCUUUGGCCUCCUUUACUUUUCUUCUCGUGUUACAGAUUUGAUGUUCUUGUGUUUAUUUGGAUGAAAGUAUGAAAAGAUUUUCCAGACUCCUCCCACUAGAUUAUAAUGAAUAAUUCUGUCCUCAUAGCCGAUAGUUUGUAUUAACAGUAAAUUUCCGAUAGUCCUAAAAGCUUUGACAGUAGCUGAAGUGAAAUUAACAUCUGAGAAACGUUGUGAUCUGCUCUGAAACUCGACGGUCCAGGACGUUCUGCUUAGAAUCACCUUUAAAAUGUGUCCAAAAUGAGGACACCUGGAUGGAUCUGUCCCCUGUCAAACCUAUUUUUUUGAACUGUAGAUUGUUGAUGCUGUGAAUUGAGACGUGUAUAAAUGAACAAAUUAAAUACUGUACAUUGUUUUGGUGAAGA